AUGGAAGACUCAGCUGGCCUUGAAACAGGAAGAGGCCUGCAUAGCAUCCAGGCUGGGAGCAGUGGGGAAUUCUGGGAAAGAACAGUGCAGAAGAUCCUGCAUGAGGACACCCUUAGCACAGAGAUACAGUGCCAGCAUUUCAGGCAAUUAUGCUACCAGGAUGCUGCUGGACCCCGAGAGGUUUGUAGCAAACUCCAACAUCUUUGCCAUGAGUGGCUGAAGCCUGAGCGACACACAAAAAAUCAGAUCCUGAACCUGGUGGUCCUUGAGCAGUUUCUGAUGGUCCUUCCCUCAGAGAUGGAAAACUGGAUAAAGGGUCUCUUUGCAAAAAUAACCACUGAUUUCCCUGACGCAGAGAAAGUUCCACUGGACACCAGUGGGAGUCCCCUGCAAAGGGAUAAAGUGCAGAGGGAUGACAGAGAGGGUUCCUUACUAGGGGACAAACCAUAUAAAUGCUUUGAGCGUGGAAAAAGCUUCAGUUUGAACACAAGCUUCAUGAGUCAUCAAAUAACUCUUACAGGGAACAAACUAUAUAAAUGUUUAGAAUGUGAAAAGAGCUUCAGUAAGAGCACAAACCCCAGUGAACAUCAAAGAACUCACACUAAGGAGAAACCAAAUGAAUGCAUGGAGUUUGGAAAGAACUUCAGUCUGGAAAAAGAUCUCAGUUCUCAUCAAACAAUUCACACAGAAGAGAAACUAUAUAGAUACCUGGAAUGUAGAACAGACUCUGCCAUUACUGCCCAUCCAAGAAUCCAAACAGGGGAAAGAUAUCAAUGCUUGGAGUGUGGAAAGAAGUUCCAUCAUAGUUCUCGCCUUAUUACUCAUCAAAGGAUCCACACAGGGGAGAGGCCAUAUCAGUGCCCGGAGUGUGGAAAGAGAUUCAGUCAGGGUUCUAACCUUACUUCUCAUCAAAAGAUUCACACAGGGGAGAAGCCGUAUAAAUGCUUGGAAUGCGGAAAGAGUUUUAGCCAGAAGUCAAAUCUCAUUUCUCAUCAAAGAAUCCACACAGGGGAGAAACCAUAUCGGUGUUUGGAGUGUGGAAAGAGCUUUUGCAGAAGCUCAUAUCUCCAUUGCCAUCAAAAAAUUCACACAGGGGAGAAGCCAUAUAAAUGCUUGGAAUGUGGAAACAGCUUCGGUAAGAAAAUACACCUCACUUACCAUCAAAGAAUUCACACAGGUGAGAAACCAUAUCAAUGCUUGGACUGUGGAAAAAGCUUCAGUUGCAAAGCAAACCUUACAAACCAUCAAAUAAAUCAUUCUGGGCAGAAACCACAUGAGUGUUUGGAGUGUGAAAAGAGCUUCCAUCACAGUUCUCACCUUGCUACUCAUCAACGUACUCAUACAGGGGAGAAACCAUAUAAAUGCCUGGAAUGUGGAAAGAGCUUCAGUCAUAGUUCCAACCUUACCGCCCAUCAAAGAAUCCACACAGGGGACAAACCACACAAAUGCCUGGAAUGUGGUAAGAGCUUCAGUAAGAAGUCAAAUCUUAUUUCUCAUAAAAGGAUUCACAUAGUGGAACUUUGGUAG